CUUCGUUUAAAUAUCUUCAUUCUGAGCUGAGCCCCUUAUAGAAAAGCCAGCAAAAAAAUAAACAAACACACCCACAGAUCAAAGAAAAAAAAACAGAAUGCCUUCAAUCUUCUCACCCGAUUUCCUGACGAGUGAACAAUUGGCUAACCUCAAACUGUACAAGUAUGCGGCUGUCGAUCUGUCUUUUACGUCGAGAUAUCUCUUGGUUCAUUAUUGGAAUUGGGCUGUUGGUUUCUUUCCAAUGCGUAUGGCUCCAAACCUGAUUACCCUUACUGGCCUUAUGUUUAUGAUUAUCAAUGUUGCAUUUGCUGCUGGAUUAAGUAAUGAGAUGGAGGAUGGUCCACGGUGGAUCUACCUUAGUUUUGCUGUUGGAUUCUGGCUGUACUCAACCUUUGAUAAUGUGGAUGGCAAACAGGCCAGACGCACAGGAACAUCUAGCCCUCUUGGAGAACUUUUUGACCAUGGAUGUGACGCCCUCAACUGUUCGUUCGCAGUCCUACUCCAAACAACUGGACUUGGACUUGGACAGACACAUUCUACCGUUAUGUUGUACGGAAUAGCUAUGUUGGGAUUCUAUCUGUCCACAAUUGAGGAGUACCACACGGGAAUCUUGUACCUGGGUUAUAUAAAUGCACCAACAGAAGGUGUUAUUCUCACAUGUGUACUCUUCAUUUUCUCAUUUAUUUAUGGGACUGGAAUCUACAAGCUCCCGGUGAGCACUCUUGUCAAGAUGGAAGGCUUGCCUACUUGUGUAGCCAACCUCCCAAUCAAUCAGGCAAUCGUGUGGUCUAUUGGUCUCACAUUAAUUUUUAUGCACACACCUUCAUGUAUGUACGCCAUGUACAAGGCCUGCCGUCAGAAGAACAAGCCAUUUGUGCGUACCAUGCUGAAUGACAAUCUUCCAAUUAUUAUCUACACCAUCUCUUUUUAUCUCUGGGCUACUUCGCCUUAUUCAAUCAUCCUCAGUCAUCACCACUUUUUCCUUUAUAGCAUCACGACUGGAAUCGUAUUUGGAAGAAUUGCUUCAAAGGUUAUUUUGGCUCAUCUGACGAAAUCGACUUUCCCUACUUUUACUGUUCUUCUGGUGCCCAUGAUUGUGGGUGCUAUUCUUACGAAUUUACCUAGAGUUCCUGGAGUUGCUCCCAUCUUAACCCCUCAAUCUGAGCAUUAUUUCCUUUGGGGUUUCUUUGGAUUUGCGCUCUUGGCUUAUUUGCGCUGGGCAGUUGUAGUAAUUAAGAGCUUUUGUUCUUACCUCAACAUUAAUUGUUUGACCAUCCCAAAGAAGUAUUCCGAAAAGAUUCAAUAAACUUACAAGAGUCCCGUGUGCUGGUCUGCAUUGGGGCUUUGCACUCUGUUUCUCAUACAUAU